GGGAGGAAUGCAGCCACUUCCGGCCGCCACCGCAGGACGCGGCCACUCUCCGGGGCUGGGGUCUCCCAACUGCACCAGGAAGACUCGGGAGCGGGUGAACAGAGCCAGAAGUGAGACCACACCAGCUGGCCGCCCUGGGCCCACGCUGGCCAGGGAGAGGAGGCCACAGCCAACUCAGGGCACGGGGCCCUGGGCCGGCAGUGGCUGCUCUCCCCACCUCUCUUGAAGCACCGCUUCCCGGGCAGGAGGCCAAGGCCAGAAAGGGCUGCACGAGACCCUGAGUGUGGUCAUCAGGGGAUGGGGCAGGCCAGGGUCCCCUGUGUCCCCCAUCAGGCCCCCCGCUAGGCAGGAGCUAGCACCCCAAGGCCCGCCCCCCGUGGCCAGGGCUGGACAAGAAGGGACGGAGGGGGGUCCCAGGGAGGGCACCUGCCCAGCAAGUUGAGGCGGGGCUGCAGGUGCAGGUGGCUGCGUGGCCAUCCAGGGCUCACGGCCCAGAGAGGCUCCCAGGGGUGGGGACAGGCAGCCCUGCACAGUCCGCCCCGCCUCUGCACGCCCUGCCCACAGGUGCUGGGGGCUGCACGCGCCUCACCCUGCCCCAGGCUUGGCCGAGGUAGCAGCUGCGGUGGGCGCCCAUCCCCUGCCUUGCCCUCCCCUCCACGCGGGCGGCGGUGACAUCACGGUGGCAGCGGGAGGGGCCUGGGCGCCCCGCGCACAUCACUUCCUCAGCUCCUCCCGCGGUCGCAGACGCUCAGCUCGGACAGGCGGCAACGCGGACAGCGGAGAGGGCGAGGGGCGGCGCUCUCUGCUCCCCCCAUGGCAGGCCCGGCCCCGCCCGCGGCCGAGGAGCUCCCGGGCCCUGCUGCCAGGCGCCUCUACUCCAGGAUGGAGGCCUCGUGCCUGGAGCUGGCUCUGGAGGGUGAGCGGCUGUGCAAGGCGGGUGACUUCAAGGCGGGCGUGGCCUUCUUCGAGGCGGCAGUGCAGGUGGGCACAGAGGACCUGAAGACGCUGAGCGCCAUCUACAGCCAGCUGGGCAAUGCCUACUUCUACCUGAAGGAGUACGGCCGCGCCCUGCAGUUCCACAGACACGACCUGCUGCUGGCCCGGACCAUCGGCGACCGCAUGGGGGAGGCCAAGGCCAGCGGGAACCUGGGCAACACACUCAAGGUCCUGGGCAGAUUUGAUGAGGCUGUGGUCUGCUGCCAGCGGCACCUGGACAUUGCCCAGGAGCAGGGGGACAAGGUCGGGGAGGCCAGGGCGCUGUACAACAUCGGCAACGUGCACCACGCCAAGGGCAAGCAGCUCUGCUGGAACUCGGCGCAGGAUCCUGGGCACCUGCCGCCCGAGGUGCGGGAGACGCUGUGCAGGGCCUCGGAGUUCUACGAGAGGAACUUGUGCUUGGUGAAGGAGUUGGGUGACCGUGCCGCGCAGGGCCGGGCUUAUGGCAACCUGGGCAACACCCAUUACCUGCUGGGCAACUUCACGGAGGCCACGACCUUCCACAAGGAGCGCCUGGCCAUCGCUAAGGAGUUUGGGGAUAAGGCGGCUGAGAGAAGGGCCUACAGUAACCUGGGCAACGCGCACAUCUUCCUGGGGUGCUUCGACGUGGCUGCGGAGUACUACAAGAAGACGCUGCAGCUGUCACGGCAGCUACGGGACCAGGCGGUGGAGGCGCAGGCCUGCUACAGCCUGGGCAACACCUACACGCUGCUGCGGGACUAUGAGCGCGCGGCCGAGUUCCACCUGCGGCACCUGCUCAUCGCCCAGGAGCUGGCUGACAGGGUGGGCGAGGGCCGAGCAUGCUGGAGUCUGGGGAACACGUACGUGUCCAUGGGGAGCCCGGCACAGGCCCUGACCUUCGCCAAGAAGCACCUGCAGAUCUCCCAGGAGAUCGGGGACCGCAACGGGGAGCUGACGGCCCGCAUGAACGUAGCGCAGCUGCAGCUGGCGCUGGGCCCGCUGAGCAGCCCAGCCGCCACAGAGAAGCCGGACCUGGCUGGCUACGAGGCCCAAGGCGCCAGACCCAAGAGGACACAGAGGCUGAGUGUGGAGGCCUGGGACCUGCUGCGGCUGCCCCCGGAGCGGGAGCAGAAUGGAGACAUGUACCAUGCUGGGGACUGGCGGGGGCCAGGCAGGGACGCGCUGCCCCUUCCGGUGAGAAGCCGCAAGUACCAGGAAGGGCCGGACACCAGCGAAAGGAGGCCGCGGGAGGGCAGCCAUUCCCCGCUGGACAGUGCUGACGUCCGUGUGCAGGUGCCCCGCAUGAGCAUCCCUCGGGCCCCGUCCUCAGACGAGGAGUGCUUCUUCGACCUGCUGAGCAAGUUCCAGAGCAGCCGCAUGGAUGACCAGCGCUGCCCACUGGAGGAGGGCCCAACAGGUGCUGCCGAGGCCACGGCUGCCACACUGAAAGAGCGGGUCGCCCAGCCCUCUGUGACGGCCUCCCCGCAGACCGAGGAGUUCUUCGACCUUAUUGCCAGCUCCCAGAGCCGCCGGCUAGACGACCAACGGGCCAGUGUGGGCAGCCUGCCUGGCCUGCGCAUCACCCACAAUAACGUGGGCCACCUCCGCAGUGACGGGGACCCCCAGGAGCCAGGGGACGAGUUCUUCAACAUGCUCAUCAAGUAUCAGUCUUCCAGGAUUGAUGACCAGCGGUGCCCGCCACCCGACGUGCUGCCCCGGGGCCCUACCAUGCCGGAUGAGGACUUCUUCAGCCUCAUUCAGAGGGUGCAGGCCAAGCGCAUGGAUGAACAGCGCGUGGCUCUCACUGGGAGCCCGGAGCAGGAGGCCGGCGAGCUGCCCAAGCCCCCGCAGCAGUGCCAGCCCGGUGCCAGCUAAGGCUGUGCACCCUGCCUCUGGAUGCUGGGGGAGCUCAAUACCCACAAUGGCCAGGCCCCCAGGAAGCCACGGCUGAGGGCCAGCUCUGAGUCCCCCAGCCCUUCCCACUGAGCUGACACCGGGCGCACAGCCCCCCACCCAGCACCCCUUGCCUGGGCCGCUCAGCCUGGAGCUGCCCACGAGGGAAGGCGUGCUCCUGUCCCUGCUCGGUCCCUGGCUUCCUGCAGGCCCCGCCCCGCCCUGCUCUGGGCCCUCAGCACGUGGCCCCAGCCCUGGUGCUGUCCAGACCCCCUCCCAGGCUCCACUGUGCCCAGCCAAAUGUGAAACCCACUGUCUCCCUGGGCCCCAUGAGGAGCCCUGGGAAGACUGCCUGGGGCUGCCAGCAUCACAGGCAGCUACUGUCCCCAGCUGGUCCUGGAGGACAGCGGUCAUCCAGGCUCCGGCCUUCCGCCUCCCACCCAGCUACUGGAGGCAGAGUCCGGCAGUGCAGAGCCCCCAGCACAAGCAGCCUGGCCCAGAGGCAGGGCAGGCAGGUCCUGCCCGGCCCCGUCCACACAGAAGACGAACAGGGCAGCAACUCCAAUCCUCCACACCCCCUGGAGCAGACAGACCGGGUCACAGGGUGCUGGUUGACAGCAAGUGCCACAUUGAGUUGGGGUGGUGAUGGCUCACCAUGACCCUGGGACCCCCCAUGCGCACCUGCCCCUCACCAGCUGGGCAAUGACCACCUUCUCCCACACAGAAGGGCCCAGCCUGCAGCACCAUGCUGGGGACCCCAAGAUUUGGGCGGGCCCCACUUUGAGGACUGUGGCUGUCUGCUCCCGUGCAGACCCCUGCCUGCAGGCUCUGGGGUACACACAGCCCCUUGGUCCCCACGGCGUGUGGCAGCCACAAGGUCCCCGCCCAGGGGGACAGCGAGGCUAGAAGACCAGCCGGGUCAUCAGCAUGGUGACCUUGCUUCCAAGAGGGGGCAACCUUGGGCGAUGGGGAGACCCAGAAGCAGGGGUUGGGGCUGGGUGCCUGAUACUUGAAUGUACAUGUGUAUUUAUUGCUCACUCGCGUGUGCCAUGUCGCCCAUGGGUCCCCACCACCACCAAGAGGUAUGUCUGCUUUUGUUUCUCCUGAAAAAUAAAGUUUGCCAAGUGACUGUGCCCCCUGCUGGCAUUACGGCAUUGGGGGGACUGGUCCCCCAGAGGUGCCAGCCUGACAUAGCACUUGUCACACGCCCACUGCCAUCCAA